GUUGCAGUGUAUUGUGCAGCCUCUGAAAAUUUACCAGACGAAUACAAACAAGCCUCCACAGAGGUGGGAAAGCUCCUGGCUCGCUCCUCAAUUUCUCUCAAGUAUGGUGCAGGUAAUUGUGGGUUAAUGUUCCGAGUUGCUAAAGGAUGUAUGGAUGAGGGUGGUUAUGUUACUGGUAUCUUACCUCAAUUCAUGGUGGAUCGUAAUUGGCACGUUGAUAAGAAUUUCAUUUCCGAAUUGAUAAUUACCGAGUCAAUGCAUGAGAGAAAACAAUUAAUGAUUCAGAAUGUGUGUGCUUGUAUUGCUUUACCUGGAGGUGUUGGUACAUUGGAGGAAGUUUUGGAAUCAAUUACUUGGAAACAAUUGGGACUUUUUGAUGGUGAAAUUAUUAUUUUGAAUACCAAUCAAUAUUAUGCACAUUUGAUCAUGUUAUUGGAUAGGGCUGAACAGGAUGGAUUUGUUGGAAAGGGAGAUUCGAGAAAAUUGUUCAAAGUUGCCGAAACUCCAGAACAAGUCAUUGAA